AUGGAUGUUGAAGAUAAACCAUAUUUUUCUAGUUUAGAGGAGGAAACUGCUUUCUGGAAAGAACUUUCCUUCAAGUAUAAACAAAGCUUCCAGGAAACUCAGGAUGAGCUACUUGAAUUCCAGGAAAGAAGCAGGGAAUUAGAAGCAGAGUUGGAGGCACAGUUAGUACUGGCUGAACAAAGUAAGAGAGACUUGCAAGCUGACAACCAAAGACUGAAAUACGAAGUGGAGGCAUUAAAAGAGAAGCCAGAACAUGAGCAUGCACAAAGUUACAAGCAGGUCACAGUAUUAGAGGAUGAUUUAAAUCAGACUCGGGUGGUUAAGGAGCAGUUGCAGAGGUACGUGAGAGAGCUGGAGCAAGCCAAGGAUGACCUGGAGCGCGCACAAAGGGCAGCAGUAGUUUCCCUGGAAGAGUCUGAGCAAAGGCUAGAUGAGGCCCUCGAAAGAAAUGCAUACUUAGAGAGUGAACUUGAUGAAAAGGAAUCUUCGUUGGUCUCUGUGCAGAGGUUAAAGGAUGAAGUAAGAGAGUUAAAACAAGAACUAGCAGCUCGCGAAAGACAAGAAGUAACCAGAAAGCAAACUCUAGACUCUGAAAAGAGGGAUUCUGCUGUGCAAGUGUCACUUUCUUUGCCAGCCACUCCUGUUGCCAAAGGAAUGGAAAACAGUUUUCCUUCACCAAAAGCUAUACCAAACCAUUUUGGUAUGAGCCCACUAACUCCUCCUGCCAGUACAUCGGCACUAAACACGGGGAAGGAUCUCUUAUGGAAGGUAGUAGGAGCAUUCGUAUCAAAAUUAACAGCUUGCAGGAAUUUUGCAGAGUUCCAAGCAUCACAAAAAUCCUGUAUUCCAGGGAAUGAUAACUGGGUUGAUAAUCGGCUACGGGAAAAAGCUCUGUCAAUCAGGGCAUUCGCCUUUGUUUAAUAAAGGGGCAGUGAACUAUUUUGACCAGCUGCUCCUCCUCCUCCUGGACUGGGCCCCUUGCACCCGUUGUUGGCCCCCAAUGUGUUGCCUCUCAGUCUGUGUGAACA